UUCUUGACAGAGUUUGCAUUCAUGUAAUCAUCGGCCGGGUUGUUCGUUCCUUCGUCGCACAUGCAUGCAGUUAAAUUCAAAGUGUUAUUCCAAGAUCUGGUGUGAUUUGUCUCAUUAUUCCGGGCAUUCUACUUCAAUGUAAUCCGUAAUCAUGUACCAUGUUUGCCGAUCAAGCUUGCGAGUUCCGCAUCUUUCUUCCGUUGUAAAUACAUUGCUACAGCGAACCGUCCUACCUCGAUAUCCAACAUCGGUUCUAGCGACAGUGAAAUAUGGUUCUCUCACAGUUAGAUCCAUCACUAGUGGAAAUGCACACACGUUCGAGUCUAUGUUAGCCAACAGACGAGCAGAAGCCCGUCGUAGCAUUUUAGUGCAGGUUGGUUCGGAACGAUCGUUUCCAGAGUUAGCCAAAUAUUGUUCGCAGUUUGGCACAGUAACCAGUUCCCAUCACUAUCGGGUGGCAGCCGGCAGCGACGAUGAUAGCGAUUACCACUAUAUUGUGGUAGAAUUUAGCGAAGCAGAAGCUGCGGAUGCCGCUAUUCGAUCUGCGGUUUUCAACGAAGAGAAACCCGGAGUUAGAGCCCGAUCGAUUUUCCUAUGGUUCAGGGCUGGAUCUAGACCGAAACUUGCGCCGAAGGAAGUGAAAGGCAAAGAAGAUAAGAAGCCAAAAUUAAGCAGUAUAGAGGGAUCGAGGAUUGUCGGUGAAGUUGAAUUGAAAGAGCUUCUGUUAUCUGCGGAAAGCAUUGAAGAUCAGAUAAAUAUUCUUCAUGGAGCUACCUGCCUGAAUGAUAUAGGUAAGCGAUUACGAUUCCUGGCCGUACGACAAAUGGAGUCUUCCCUACAGGGUAUGUUUCCUCAGGCGGUGGCAUAUCCUUUCGGAUCCUCCGUUAAUGGUUACGGCAAAAUGGGCUGUGAUUUAGAUGUGAUUCUGGAUCUCGAUUCCGAAGCAGGAGCCAAACAAGAUCCGGAUUCAAGAUUGGUUUUCCAUACAAAGGCAACAAAUCCGAACGAAAGGACUCAGGUUCAACGGCAAUUGGAAUCAAUAGGAGACGUUCUCCAGCUGUUCCUCCCAGGGGUGAACAGUGUUCGUAGGAUAUUGAAGGCCCGUGUCCCGAUAAUAAAGUAUCACCACGAGCAUUUAGAUUUAGAAAUAGAUCUUACCAUGAACAACAUGACCGCCGUCUACAUGUCGGAACUGCUGUACCUUUUCGGACAAAUCGAUCAACGAGUACAACCCUUGACUUUUUGUGUUCGUAAAUGGGCACAAUCAGUUGGUCUAACCAACAAUGCCCCCGGCUAUUGGAUUACCAAUUUUUCGCUCACCAUGCUAGUAAUGUUCUUUUUACAACAGCUCAAAGAACCCAUUCUUCCACCCAUCAACAAGCUAAUUCAAAAUGCGACACAAACCGACAUAAGGAUCACUGAGAAUCAAAUAAAUUGUUCCUUUCUCAGAGACCUCAAAAAGUUUAAUUUCAAAUGUACCAACACAUCCACACUAGAGGAUCUACUACUCCAGUUCUUCGAGUUUUAUUCGACAUUUGAUUUCAACCAGCGGGCGAUCAGUCUAAACAUUGGAUCAUCAAUUUUGAAACCUGACCACAGCCCAAUGUAUAUCGUGAAUCCACUCGAGACGAUUCUGAACGUGAGCAAAAACGUCAAUCUCGAAGAAACGGAACUGUUCCGCAUCCAGGUGCGCAAUGCGCUUUGGUUGCUGGAUACGCACGAGAAGAGUACCGCCAAUGAAGCCACCGGCGAAUGGGGUUUGGUCAGUCUGUUCGGGAACAAGAAGAAGGAACGCAUCACGCCGCAAAUGUUCUUCACCAAACGGUUGGUAAAUGUGAAGGAUAUCUUUGAUGAGACUGCGAGCGAAACUGUGAACUUCAAGAACAAAACUGUGCGAAAUCAGGUGUCCAGCAUUCAGAGGGAAACGCGUGAGGAAAUCAACAAACUGGCCGGAACGAGCAACAGCAGCGGGCUGAAGCUGAAGAGAAAUGCUAAGCGGAGGUGACCGUUGGGAGGGAAAAGUGGUGGUGACCCUAGUCUCCUAUGAGAACAUUGCAGCAAUCUGCUUACGUUUAGGAGUUUAAUAUAUGACUUCUCAAAAGAUAAAAAAUGGCAGAACAUUAUUUUUACUUUCACCAGUCUAGCUCUUCGUCUAAGGUUUGGUUGUUUGAGGUAGAACUGCUCGGCACAUAUUAAUCGUUUUGACUAUUUGUGGUGGCUUAGCUUAU